UUUUUAUAGAAGAAUAAAAUGCAUCAACAAACUCUAGAGAUUUAUCAAGACUCUAUGCAGAACAGACUGAAGCAUGCCAAAGACUGCAAAUCUACCCAUUUUAUGUAUGCGAGUAAUCCAAUUGGCAAAGAAUCAGUUUAUAACCCUAAGUCAGUCACACAGGAUUUUGAAGGGUUUGACAAGAUCUAUUAUGAGAAUGCUAAGGCUACAACAGUAGUUGAUUUGAAGAAAAAUUUCAAAAGAGGCAUUCAGACUCAUUGGACCUUCCAUAACCGCCAGCAUGAUGGUUUUAGCCAAAUAAAACCACAGCAAAAAUUCAUUACGAGAAAUAAUGAUGCUAGAAUGAAAGUCAAAGAGUUGAAGAAAGAUCUCGAAAAAGAGCAUUUCUCCAUUGGGAAUGGUGAAUCUCACUUUAAUACCACUAAUAAGGAGCUUAUGAGAAGUAGCUCAAUGCCAACGCUAGGUGAAGAUUCCUCGAAGAAUGAUUAUAAGAUUAAGAAGAUGAUGAGUAACCAUCACUUUAAUUUUGGCAAAUAUAAGCCUGACUUCAACUCAACUGUCAAUGCAAAUUACAAAGAUCAUGAAACAAAAGAAAGAGCCAAAUCUGUUGUGAAAAAUAAGCUAGAUUCUUCUGUCCCUCUCUCCCAUCCAUUCCAGACUGGAAAGAUUAAAUUUACUGCUAAGCUUAAGCAAGAUUUUGAUAAUGAAAAGAGCAAGAAAUUUUAUAUUCCGACCACAACAAGGGCGGUUAAAGAAGCUAGUAACUUCUCUCUUGGGAGAAAGACCUCUUUGAAGGAUAAUUAUCAUACUAUGAACUCCUCCUUGUCAAAUUUGCCUAGGAUCUCUCAUGCUAAUUUCAUUUCUGGGUUUGCAAAGGGAGAUUCGAAUAGAGAAAAGGUCCAAAAAUUCAGAAAGACUAACUUCAACAUUGGGUCUCCUGUAAUGGGGCAGAUCCCUGGUUCAACUACUCAUGAUGCCUUUAAACAGCAUCCUAAAGACCAGUACAAGAUAAAGGGGAUGUAUAAGCAAGGGUUCAAGGCAAGAAACAUUAAGGUCAGUGUGCCUAUGAAGAAUUAAUCCCCAUUCAAUCGUA